AACAGAAAAGCAUGGGAGUAAAUAAGAAGAAGUAGAAGGGCAAUAUGGAAAAUGGUGGGAAUGUUUAUCUUAUUCUUGGCAGCAAAAACACAAAAUAAAGCAGAGAUUCUCCAUAUCUACAUACAAACAAAUAAAAAAGGUAAAUAAGAAGCAGCUUCUUCUUCAUCAGACGAAUACGAUGACAAGGAAACGCAGCAUCAGCAUCCAAUACGAAAUCAUGAACACGAACCCUCUCUCGGAGGCAGAGUUGCUCCUCGCUCUCACUCCCUCCGAUUCCAAGAAGCUCAGGAGGCUCCCUCACGUGUUCAGCAAGGUGCUCCAGCUCCCACUCAGCUCCGAUGCUGACGUGUCCGUUGAGGAAUGGCCACACUGCUUCCGAUUCGUGGCCGACGCACCGGCAGGCAUCGCUACUGUUGAAGCUUCCACCUUCCACCUGCACCCUGGGAUUACCAAGCUUGUCGUCAGGGAUUCUCAAACUGAUUUCACGGAAUUGUCCUUUGAUGAGUUCGACCUCCACCUUGACGUGUGGCGGUUUCGACUACCAGAAUCCACGUGUCCGGAGAUGGCCACUGCUAUCUUGCUUGAUGGACAGCUCAUCGUUACGGUGCCCAAACAUCAACGUGGUGUUGAUGACAAUAGAGCCAUGGUGGAUGCUGGAACAUUUGUGCUUGUAAACUGAUUAUUGGUACUUAUUAGUUUGCUUUUGUUGCUUUAAGAAUCAACAACUGUUUUUUUUUUUUUUUUUCAUUUUCGCAUGCUGGUAAAAAUAAGAACCAUAUCUUUCUCCAUUACUUUUACUUAUGUGAUGUUGAUUAGUUAACGAUUGUGAUUUUAUGGAGAUGGCUGGUACGUGGGAAUUAUGUGGUUUCAUAUUUUUAUUGAAAUUAGCACUGCCUACUACACCUAUUUGUUAGUUGCUGUGGUUAUCACAUUAGCAUUACUCCUUUGGAGUUGUGCUAGAGCUAAAAGAACCCAAUGUUCAUUAUUAUUGGGG